AUACAGUAGACAUGUCCUCCAUGGUCACUUCGCUUUGGAUGAUGAGCCUCUCCGCGUAUAUUGUCUUAGAUUAAGACUGAAAACAAUCCAUUGUCUCUCGCAAAGCCUCCGACUCUGUUGAAGAAGACGUCCAGUCCCGCAUCCGGCACGUUAUAUCCGUCAAGACACUCCGGAUACGACGCUUACAUUUGCCUACCUCGCGUCCCGAGAGCACACCCAAGCACCGCGCUAGCGAUUCGACUAAUUGACGACAUUACUCGGUCCCAUCCUGCGACGCUCCUCUCCUCUACUAACUUAUCUUGGUCCUAAAAACCCAGUGUCCCUCCCCCCUCCCCAUUGCAUCACAACGCACGCAGUCUCCUUCACGCCAGAGACAACGAAACAACGACCGUAGCUGGCACAAUGCCACCAGACAACGUCGACCUCAGCCUUAUGGCAGCCGAGCGCGAUGCCUCCCCUGAGCGCUUCCGCCGGCGUGCCUCCAACGAGAUUGAGCGGGUGCUCUCCGCCUCCUCAGCAUCGUCCUCGUCGUCCACAUCGAUCGCCCCCGACCACCCCCCGUUCACACGGAACAUGAGCCGCAUCUCCACGCAGAACGACCUCGAGAGGCACCCCACCGAGCUCAGUCGCAUCCACACCGCGAGGAGUCAGCACCAGAGCACCGUGGGCAGUGGCGUCCGCAGCCGGACGAGCACGCGGGCAGAGAAGAAGCCCUUGCCGCCGUUUGGCGCAGGCAAGGCGUACCCGCCACCAUUGCCUGCGCAGGAGGAGUACGUCGUCGAGUUUGACGGGCCCCAGGAUCCGCUGCACGCGCAGAACUGGGCGCUGCGCAAGAAGAUCCUCACGGCCGCCAUGCUGGGCUACACGACCAUGACCUCGGCGUUCACGUCUUCCAUCUUUAGCGCCGCUACGAUGACGGUGUCGCGGGUGUACGGCGUGGGAACAGAGGUCGGCCUCCUGGGAACGACAUUCUAUGUGCUCGGUUUCGCCUUUGGGCCGACACUGUGGGCGCCGCUGUCUGAGUUGCGCGGUCGUCGGCUGCCCCUCGUCCUGUCCAUGUUUGGUUUCACCGUCUUCUCCGCCGGCUGUGCGACCGGCAAGGACAUCCAGACCAUUCUCAUCUGCCGCUUCUUUUCCGGUUUCUUCGGUGCCUGCCCGCUCGCCGUCGUCGCCGCCGUCUUCUCCGACAUGUUCGACAACAAGACGCGUGGUAUCGCCGUCACCCUCUUCAGCAUGGCCGUCUUCACUGGCCCCCUGCUCGCCCCCUUUAUCGGAGGCUUCAUCGUCGACAGCUACCUCGGCUGGCGCUGGACAGAGUACCUGGCCACCAUCAUGGGCGGUACCGCUUUGAUCCUCGAUUUCAUCUUCCUCGAGGAGACGUACCCUCCCGUCAUCCUGAUUGAAAAGGCCGCGGAACUCCGUCGUCGCACUAAGAACUGGGGCAUCCACGCCAAGCAGGAGGAAAUUGAGGUCGACUUCCGCGAGCUCGUCACCAAGAACUUUUCGCGUCCUCUGCGUCUGCUCUUUACCGAGCCCAUCAUCCUCUUCCUCUCCAUCUACAUGAGUUUCAUCUACGGUAUCCUUUAUCUCUUCUUGACAGCAUACCCGCUCGUCUUUGUCGGUGUCCACGGCUUCAGCUCCGGACAGAGCGGUCUGACCUUCUUUGGCAUGAUUGCCGGUCAGGUCAUUGCCGGCGCGGUGGUCCUGGCGCAGCAGCCGUGGUACAUGCGCAAGCUGACAGCCAACAAUGGCCUGCCUGUGCCCGAGUGGCGUCUCCCCAGCAUCAUGGCCGGCGGCAUCGCCUUUGCUAUCGGUAUCUUCUGGUUUGGAUGGACCGGAUACAACCCCAACAUUCACUGGGCGGCCCCCGCUGCCUCGGGCGUCUUCACCGGCUUCGGCCUCAUGUCCAUCUUUCUCCAGGCCCUCAACUACCUCGUCGAUGCCUACCUCAUGUUCGCCGCCUCGGCCAUUGCCGGAAACACCUUUAUGCGUUCCCUCUGUGGCGCCGGUUUCCCUCUGUUUGCGCGCCAAAUGUUUGACGGAUUGGGCAUCCAAUGGGCCAGCACCCUCCUGGGCUGUGUCGCCGUCUGCCUGGCGCCUAUUCCGUUUGUCCUGUACAAGUAUGGUCACAAAAUCCGCGCCAAGAGCGCCUACGCACCGACAUUCAAUGCCCCCGCUGAGCCUCCCGCCGAGGAGCACGAAGAGGAGUCCCAUGGCGAAAAGGACGGCGAGGAGGCAGCGGCCAGGGCAAACGCCCCCCUGAGGGAAGGCGAUGCCAAUGGCGCAAAGGAGACUGUCUAGAUGGUGCCGAGAUGCCGGGAGGGGGUGCUGCAUAUUCUAAAUAUACUAAUCACAAAGAUAAUUCAAAUAAUCAGACAAUACUAUAAAUUAUUGCACAUGCGGCACGCCCUU